GGCUGUGUGUGCGCUCCCCGCUAGCCAGGCAGCCUCUUCCCAACUGCAAUCCCCACCGCCUUCCCUGCUCGCCUCUGCCUGGGCGGUUUCCAACACACACCGAGCGGGCGAGAGAGGCAGCUUUAUGGGUUGCAACAAUGCUUGGGCCCUGGAGAUUUCUGCCUCAGAGAUAACAUGUAUGCUUGCUGCUCUACGGUGACACUGGAGCAGGAUCUCAACAGGAAAAUGCAUAUCUGGAUGGUACAAACCAUAGCCUUUGCUUUAACAUCUCUGGUCCUGGCGUGGGCAGAAAGCAUUGAGUAUUAUGGGGAGAUCUGUGAUAACAAAUGCCCUUGUGAGGAGAAGGAUGGCAUCUUGACGGUCAGCUGUGAGAACCGUGGGAUCAUCAACCUCUCUGAGAUCAGCCCCCCCAAAUUCUCCAUCUACCAUCUCCUGCUGUCUGGGAAUCUUCUCAACAGGCUCUACCCCAACCAGUUUGUCAAUUACAGUGGGGCUUCGAUUUUGCACCUGGGCGGCAAUGACAUCCAAGAUAUCGAGACAGGAGCCUUUCAUGGCCUGAGGGGCUUGAGGAGGCUGCACUUGAACAACAACAAGCUGGAAAUACUGAGGGAUGACACUUUCGUAGGGCUGGAGAGCUUGGAGUACCUGCAAGUUGAUUACAAUUAUAUCAGCGCGAUCGAACCCAGUGCUUUCAGCAAGCUGCAUCUGUUGCAGGUGCUGAUUCUGAACGACAACCUCCUCUCUUCGUUGCCCAACAACCUGUUCCGUUUUGUGCCCUUGACUCAUCUCGAUUUGAGGGGCAACCGGCUCAAACUCCUUCCCUACUUGGGCCUCUUGCAGCACAUGGAUAAGGUGGUGGAGCUGCAGCUGGAGGAGAACCCGUGGAACUGCUCCUGUGAGCUGAUAGCUCUCAAAGAUUGGUUGGACAGCAUAUCCUAUUCAGCCCUGGUGGGGGAUGUAGUCUGCGAAACCCCUUUCCGUUUACAUGGGAGGGAUUUGGAUGAGGUUUCCAAGCAGGAGCUUUGUCCUAGGAGGCUCAUCUCCGAUUAUGAGAUGAGGCCACAGACCCCGCUGAGCACCACAGGGUAUUUUCAUACCACACCAGCCUCUGUAAACUCUGUGGCUACUUCUUCCUCGGCUGUUUACAAAUCGCCCUUGAAGCCCAAAGGGACCCGCCAACCCAACAAGUCCAGGGUGCGUCCUACCUCCCGCUUGCCCUCCAAGGAUCUGGGAUACAGCAACUAUGGCCCCAGCAUUGCUUACCAGACCAAAUCCCCGGUGCCUUUGGAGUGUCCCACAGCUUGCACUUGCAACCUACAGAUCUCCGAUUUGGGUCUCAACGUCAACUGCCAAGAAAGGAAGAUUGAGAGCAUCUCAGAGCUCCAACCCAAGCCGUACAACCCGAAGAAGAUGUACCUGACUGAGAACUACAUUGCCCUGGUGCGUAGGUCAGAUUUCCUGGAUGCUACUGGCUUGGAUUUGCUUCACCUGGGCAAUAACCGCAUCUCGGUCAUUCAGGAUCGGGCCUUUGAGGAUCUAACUAACUUGAGGAGGCUUUACCUGAAUGGGAACCGGAUUGAAAAACUGAACCCAGAGCUUUUCUAUGGGCUUCAGAGUUUGCAGUACCUCUUCCUGCAAUAUAACGUAAUCCGGGAGAUUGAGCCAGGCACUUUUGACCCUGUGCCCAAUUUACAGCUCUUGUUUCUCAACAACAACCUGCUGAGAUCUUUACCUGGAGGCAUUUUUUCUGGCUUAACUCUCUACAGGUUGAACCUGAGAAGCAACCAUUUCUCCUACCUUCCUGUAAGUGGAGUGCUUGACCAGCUGAAAUCCCUCCUGCAGAUAGAUCUCCACGAGAACCCAUGGGAUUGUACAUGCGACGUGGUGGGCAUGAAGUUGUGGAUCGAGCAACUCAACACAGGAGUCCUUGUGGACCAGGUAAUCUGUGAAUCCCCUAAGAAAUUUGCUCAGAAUUACAUGAGGAACAUCAAAGCAGAACUGCUGUGCCCAGACUACUCUGACAUCAUUGUUUCCACACCCACUCCAUCAUCCAUGCAGGGACCAGCCAAGACCACGCCCUUUUCCAACUCUGGGCAGAUCAAUAGCACCUUGGAGGAGGAUGACUCGGCAUCACCUUCUGGUGGCUCGUCUUCCUCCUCUUCUUCCACGGUGCCUUUGUCAGUGUUGAUCCUCAGCUUACUGCUGGUCUUCAUCAUGUCUGUAUUUGUGGCCGCAGGUCUCUUUGUGCUGGUGAUGAAGCGCAGGAAGAAGGUCCAAGGCGACCAUGCCAGCACCAACAACUCCGAUGUGAGCUCUUUCAACAUGCAGUACAGUGUGUACACAGGAGGGGGAGCCCCUCAUUCCCACCCACACGCCCAUCACCAGCAGCAUCCGCAGCAUCUUCACCAUGGAGGAGGAGGUGGUGGUCCGGCUUUGCCCAAGGUGAAAACCCCUGCGGGACACGUCUAUGAGUACAUCCCUCAUCCUUUAGGUCACAUGUGCAAGAACCCAAUCUACCGCUCCAGAGAGGGCAAUGCUGGUGAGGAUUACAAAGAUCUCCAUGAGCUCAAGGUGACCUACAGCAACCAUCACCUCCAGCCCCAACCCCCACCACCCCCACAGGCCUUGGGGCAGCCCCAAGCAGCUCCGGGGGGGCAAGAGGAGACCCUCCGGAGCCCCACAUACAGUGUGAGCACCAUUGAGCCUCGGGACGAGUUGCUUUCCCCUGUCCAGGAUGCUGAUCGUUUUUACAGGGGCAUUUUGGAGCCCGACAAACACCCUUCUUCCACUUUGGGGGGCAGCAACCUCCCUGAGUACCCUAAGUUUCCCCCAACUGCCUACACUUACUCCCCUAACUAUGACCUUAGGCGCCCCCCUCACCCCUAUUUGCAUCCCGGCCCGGGGGACAGUCGGCUCCGGGAAACAGUGCUCUACACCCCCCCAAGCACUGUUUACGUGGAGCCCAACAGGAACGAAUACCUGGAGCUAAAAGCAAAACUAAACGCAGAGCCGGACUACCUCGAAGUGUUGGAAAAACAGACCACAUUCAGUCAGUUCUGAGACCUCCUCCUCUACUCCCGUCCUCCCACCCAGAGCAUUUGUAUUUAAUAACCACACACAAAGAAACACACUGUUGAUCUUCUCUCCUCCACAUCCCUUCCCUCCCCAAAUCCGCCUUUGCUUCAUGUUGUUGGAAGGUGAAGUGCCUUGGCACAGAAGUUUCCAGCUUCGGGGAAAGUUACCGAAAGGGUGUGCUGAUUCCAUAGUUAUAGAUCUUUCUCUCUUUCUCCCUGCCCUCUUUAUUUUUAUUUUGGUUUCUUCUUUUUUUAACCACCUCACAGCCAGUAGGAAUCAAUCAAUCGAGCGAACUAGACACAGCAUUUGUUCUUGCACUUGUGUGAUGCUAAAAAGGAGGAAUUGGGAUGUGGUGUUUUUGGUUUUUUUUAAGAGAGUGUUGUCUCCUAUGACGAUGUUGAAAAGGUCACAUAAAUCAUUUUAUCUCGUUCUUUAUGUUGAAUAUUCACUGCUGACAAUUCCCCCCUCCCUCACCUCAGUUCAACAGUGCUGGGCACCAAGUUCCCUUCUGAGGCAUGGAUGGCUUUGGGGAGGGUGGGCAGGGGAGAGAGAGAGAUUGGCACACCCUGACCUUAAUACAAGGUCGUUUGGUUCCCCCACCCCACUCCCCCUUUUUUAAGGAAAAAGAAAAGAGGAUGUAUUUGUAUGUUUCUGGACUUUUGAAUUAAAAACCAAUAUUAUGAUCUUUAAAAGGAUCACCCUAGAUGUGGACAAAUCAAUAAAGAGUUCAGAGAUAUAUGAUCCAUAACUGGUUAGUAAAAAUAACUUAUUGAAAUAUAUACAAAAAAAAUUAUUUUAUUGUAGCUCCUAUUUUUAUAUACAUGGUAGCAUUUUCUUCACUCUUUGAGGCUCCAUUCCUCCGGAAUGCUUGCUUAUUGUAUGUGGUUAAACUUCCCUCUGGAAUAGAAAGCAGGGCCUUCUUCACACAUUACGAUGUCCUUUUCUAGAUGUAGACCUAAAAAAAUGUGACAAAACCGGAUGCAUAAUUUGCAGCUCCAUCCGGCAGAGAGACCAGAUUGGUUGUGGCUCUUUGUCGUGUGUACACUUGGUGGCCAAGCCUGGUUUGCUGCUGUGUCAUGUGUGAAAUGGUCCUAUAGAGUUGAUGGCAAGGGGAAACACCUGACAGAUACAUAGGCUGCUAUUCUGCACACAGCUAUACUCCUACUGACUUCAGUGGGGAUUGAAGCUGCCUCACGGAGCACAGAAUUGCAGUUUGAGGCAUCUUCUACAUUUGCCAGAGCAGGUUCCUCUCCUCCUACUAAAUUGUGGUACUUUUAAGUUCCACCUCCCACUGCCUAGGGUGUUGAAUAGGUUACAGGAUGAGGCCCAGAGUCUGUGAUUUGCUCAGAAGUGGUACACUGCAUUCUGAGCUCUUUCUACCCCCCCUCCCAAACUCUGCACAAAGCUGUUGUGGUCUCUGGAGAAUGUCAGAAAUCACCAAGGGGGAUCCAGAUUCAGUUUGUCACACUUUAGACCCAUUGAAUUCAACAAACCAGCUUAGUAAUUUAAGUCCCACUGCUUUCAGUGGAACUGAAGUGUGCCUCACAUAAUUUGGAUCCAAGCCACUGAAAUUAAAUCAUCAACACUAUCAUCACCAAAACCUAAUAGACAAUCCAAGGCAAUCAGUCAGUACAGGAAAGAAAGAAAUAUAUAUGAUCUAUUUUUUGUUGUUGCUGCUUCUUAUGAAUGAUUAUUCUACAGAGCCUCCUGCUAGGAUGACUAAUUGGACUAAUUAGUGAGGGACAUGUAGAAAUUGUUUAUUUUAGCAGGAGUGGUGGUGGUGGUUUAUUUUCAUAAUUCAACCAAAAUAUCUUAGUUGGAGAACUGCUGGGUUGUUCAGUCGAGCAUAAUUGCCCUUGUACAGAUCCAUUUGUGUGCUGGCACCUUGGAAGGCCAAAAUGACGGACUGUACAAAUCUAUUUAUGGAAUAUUGAUUCUUACCCCUUUGGGCAGCAAGCAGUGGCAAAAGAUAUUCAUAAACACAGCAUCACUGUACAAUGGGACAGGUUGUGGUCUCAUAUGUAUCCCAGCACAUGUAAUUUUUUUUAUAUAGUUUAUGAAUAAACACUUGAUAACAAUUUCAAA